AUGGAACCUAAUUUCAGCAGCUACAACCAAAGCUACACCAUCCCCAAUGCCGCCUAUGCACAUGACCGGCGGCUACCGGAACAGGAUGAUGGCCUCUACUGUGACCUUCCUGCACCGGCAGCAGCAUACCAUUACCAUGUAGCCGGCCGAGUCGUCGACACCAAGUACUCAAACACUAUCGCCAACGCUGCUUUCCAGCUAUCCUCCGAUGAUCCUGCAGACGCAUAUGGCGCCGCCGCUUACCGCCACCAAUCCUCCACAUCCUUGUGGUCCUCGUCGUCGGUGACGGGGACCCCUAACACACACCGCCACCUGUUGCAGCAGCAGCUUCAUUUCGGCGGCCGCACCGACGAAUUCUGCAGCCGUCAGCAGGAUGGCAUGGGCGCCGGAGCGGUGGACGACAUGCGCCACCAGUUCAGCGCCCCCAUGGUCAUGGGAGCCGCCUCCAUCUCCAAGAAGUCCAGCAGCAGCAGCAGCUCCUCAGCCUCAACGACCUACUACACACCAGCAGCGGCCUGCUUGCCGCAUCAGCCCGGCGAGGUAAUGACCCCUGCACAUGCAUUGCCGGCAAUGAUGCAACCCGAUGCCGCCGUCAGCAGAUCGAGCCGUCGCGACCUCCGGCUCAGGCAGAACGAGAACCCCGAUGAGGCGGCGCCGGCGCUGAUCGGGGUGCGGAAGCGGCCUUGGGGAAAGUACGCGGCGGAGAUCCGGGACUCGACGCGCAACGGCGUACGCGUGUGGAUCGGCACCUUCGACAGCCCCAGGGCCGCCGCGCUCGCCUACGACCAAGCCGCCUACUCCAUGCGCGGCCCCGCCGCGGUGCUCAACUUCCCCGUCGAGCACGUGGAGGAGUCGCUGCGCGGACUGGGGCUCGGCUGCGGCGGCGCCGGGGACUCGCCCGUGCUGGCCCUCAAGCGGCGCCACUGCAUCCGCAAGCGGUUGCGGAAGAACAAGAAGAUGGCGACCUCCGGCAAGGAAGGCUGCCAUGGUUCAGCUGAAGCUAGGGAACAGACGGCGGCGACGGCUGGCGUGCUGGAGCUCGAGGACCUCGGGCCUGACUACUUGGAGGAGCUGCUCGCCCUGUCUGAUCAAUGCAAUGAAGAAUUCCAUUGA